AUGGCCGACUCUGACGGCGAAUUCGUCGCGGACGACAUGUCGGACGAUGAACUGGUUGAUCACCAAGUGACCGACGACGAAGGCCCCUCAUCGCGCAGCAAACCCUCCCGAUCGAAGCGGAAGAAGAAAAAUGGCGAACAAGCCUGGGAGAAGUCUAAAAGAUCGUGGGAACUAAACUUGCCCGAGGAGGACCAAGAUGGCAUGCUCAAUCUCUCACUGUUGGAGGCGGAGAAGCGCCGGCGGUUGAUGCGUGACACCACUCCUCUCCAGCGAGGUAUCAUACGGCACAUGAUUUUGGUCUUGGAUAUGUCGUUUGCCAUGACGGAGAAGGACCUGCUUCCUACGCGGUACAGGCUAACGAUAAGCUACGCGCUGGCGUUUGUCAAGGAGUAUUUUGAGCAGAACCCCAUCUCGCAGCUGGGCAUUCUUGGCAUGAGGGAUGGUGUGGCUGUGAGGAUAAGUGACCUCAGUGGUAAUCCUGCAGAUCAUAUCGAGCGGUUGAAAGCAGUGGAAGGGCAAGAUCCCCAGGGGAAUCCUAGUUUGCAGAAUGCGCUGGAGAUGUGCCGCGGCGCACUUUUUCACGCACCUUCACACGGAACUCGAGAAGUUCUCAUUAUUUAUGGCGCCUUAUUGUCGAGCGACCCUGGAGAUAUUCACGAAACGAUUGCCAAUCUCAUCACGGACAAGAUACGGGUCUCCAUCGUCGGUCUUUCCGCACAAGUCGCCAUUUGCGCGGACUUGUGCUCAAAAACGAAUGCAGGAGAUGACUCCCAAUACAAUGUUGCCAUGGAUGAAGUCCACUUUAGAGAUUUAUUUCUUGCCAGUACGACACCACCGGUCAAGCGCGUGCUUCUCAUGCUUGUGUCCAUUUCCAGAGCCGCCAAAGAACAAGGUCGAUGGGGGUAA